CAUUCAUUCCUUGCUUCAACAGCUAAACUGAUACAUCUAUUAUUUUGGUUGUUUAUGAUGGUUCUCAAUGAAAAUUUGUGAAAAAGUUAUUGUGUGCAUUUUCCUUUCGAUUUAUUUUUAACAUUUGAGUGUUUUCGCCUACAAAAAAAAAAUGGUGCAAAAAUAUCAGUCACCCGUUCGUGUAUACAAAUACCCCUUCGAGUUGGUUAUGAAGGCAUACGAACGCCGAUUUCCAACAUGUUUACAAAUGCCAAUAGUGCUCGACUGUCAAAUCGUUUCGGACGAGGUCAAAGAAAAUGGUGCUAUUCGCAACACUAGCCGUCGCUGUAAACUGGCCGUCGAGGCGCCGUAUUUGUUCAAAAAACUGAUCGGUCUGGAUGUGGUGUACUUCAUACAGAACAAUUUUCUGGACAUGCGUGCCCGAUCAUUGAACAUUGAAGCGGUCAAUGAAACCUAUUCGUCACGCAUCGAAAUAUUUGAGCGAUGUCGAUACUAUGCGCAUCCGGAAAAUCCGGACUGGACCUGUUUCGAUCAGACGGCUACAUUGGAUAUAAAGAAUUUUUUCGGCUUCGAGCAUUCGAUGGAGAAAAUGGGUAUGAAGCAGUACACUCAGACAACGUUGAAGGGCAAAGAAAUCAUCGAAUUUUUCAUCGAGGAAUUGAAAAAGGAUGGCAUAACGUCAGCUGAACGAUGGCAAUCAUGCGAGACAAGUGAAAAUGAUGUGGUCAUCGAUGUGCAAGCAUCAAAUUUGAGUUCGCGCAAACCAUCCAUUGCUGAAUACGAGGAUAUGCUUGACGGGGAAUAUAUUAGUAAAAAUUUAGGGGAAUUGGAACCGUUGCAGGAAUCAAAACUAUUAGAAUUAAGGGAAAUAUUUAAAGAGGCUAAUCUAACUAAAAUACCAGACUAUCAGACGAUGUUACGGUUUCUGAGGGCCAGAGACUUCAGUGUCGAGAAAGCAAGUCAAAUGUUGCAAGAAUCUCUUAAGUGGCGCGAAGAAAAUUGCAUCGAUCAGAUCUUAAGUGAAUACAAAAAACCGUCGGUGGUUGUGAAACAUUUUCCCGGUGGAUGGCACCAAUGCGACAAAGACGGUCGCCCCAUAUUCAUACUCCGCCUGGGACAUAUGGAUGUUAAAGGCUUACUAAAGUCUAUCGGUGAAGAGGGUCUACUCAAACUGACGCUGUACAUUUGCGAGGAGGGACUUCAACUAAUUCAAGCUGCAAACAAAUCAAACGACAAACCUGUUUUGAGCUGGUGUCUCCUUGUCGACUUGGACGGUUUAUCGAUGCGACAUCUGUGGCGCCCGGGCGUUAAGGCGUUGCUGCGAAUUAUCGAAACGGUAGAAAUGCAUUAUCCGGAAACUCUCGGUCGAGUGUUUGUGGUACGAGCACCGCGUGUUUUUCCUAUUGCGUGGACAAUUGUCAGCGCCUUCAUUGAUGACUAUACUCGAUCGAAGUUCUUAUUUUAUGGUGGUCCAGAUUGCUUGCAUAUGAAAGAUGGACUUGAAGUGUACAUUGACUCAGAAGCUAUACUAGACUUCUUAGGUGGGCCAUGUGAGCCGAACCUACCAACGGAUCCAACGGUUCCAGCGCAUUACUUCACGCGCUGUUAUUUUCUAUCAUGCCAAUGCUCUCUCGUUCACGAAGGUGGCCUCGUACCGAAAACCCUGUACAAAUCAAUGAGUGAUGAAGAUGCCGACAAUGAUGCACCCGUCGUCGGCUCAAAUAAUGGCAGUCUUUACACAUCCGUCGAUCUGAAACCCGGACAUAUUCAUGAGGUUGUGAUAACGAAUAACGAUCCGAAGAGUGUUCUGACAUGGGACUUUGAUUCCGUCAAAAGUCAUCUACAUUUUACGGUUUAUCGGACAACUGUCGUGCCAAUGUCGACCAUUAGUGAUGCAUCUAUGUCUGUAUUCGACUGGACUGGUUUCGAAUUAGAUAAAAAUUAUUUUAGAGUUGAACCAUCGCUUGUAUGCCAUGCCAAAGAAAGCGUUCAGGGUUCACACGUAAUGAAUCACACCGGACAUUAUGUUCUACAAUGGAUCUGUCCGCCCAGUUGUGACAAUCCGGCUCAGCUAAUGUACUUCCAUGAAAUACUUAGCUCGGCCAAUUACAAAGGAUCAAUGUCCAGUCUACAAUCUGGCAUAUCGGUAAUGAGCUUGAAUUCGCGAUGAUUGUAGAGUUUUACAAAUUAAUUUAUCAGAAUUUAGUACAAUAAUUACUACUUAAGUUAAACGUAAUACCUUAAGCGGGGAGAUGUGCAUUUACUGGAAAAUCUCACGAAAUAAUUUUUCUUUUGAGGUGGAAAAGUGGGGAAUUCAAUUUUUUUAUUUCUCUGGCUUGGAUUUUGUGAUAAAACUCGAAGUUUCAUUAGAUUUCUAAUUGAUAUUUAAAUUAUGUAAUAGUAAAAGAAAGUGUGGUAAUUAGAUGAAACAAUGGUGUGCACUGACAGUGAAUAUGGUUAUUAUUGCUCGCCAAAAUAGAAUAGAAAAAUAGUAAAAAAAGGUUGACACAAAAAGGCUUUAUAUAAGGCGAGACAAAGUAGGGGUUUAUGUGGACGGUGUUGGUACAUAGGCGAGAAGAUAAUUAAUUUUUAAGACAAAAUUGUUAGUAGAUAAGGUUGAUUGAUAUCCUGUAGCAGACUUAGAUGUAUAUUAUCAUAGAUGUGCAAGUAUAAUUCACUCACAUAAACGCAUGUAAAAUCCACAAAAAAAAAUGAAAACAAUCAAAGAAUGCAACAAAAACAAUCGCACGAAAAAUGGAAACGUUUUGAAGUGAAAAAAGGCCAAACGUAAGAGAACAAAUCGAUUUUCUGAUUUAACGACUCUCACGCCGUCUCUUUACAAAUUUGAUUUGAUUUGUGCCUUGUUUGUACUAACGUUCUACCUCUGAGCCUGACGCUGAACAGAAUUGAUUUCUCUAAAAUCUUCAAGAGCCUAUGGAUUAUAUUGAUUCUCCUGUAUUUACGUCUACAUAAAUUAGAUUCCAUUAUUUUGUCAUCAUCAUCCUCGUCAAAUAUUGUAUAAAAUCACCGUCUUUACAACCAUGCUAAAAAUUCUUAAAAUAUGUGUUAGGCAUGUCGCACUUUGUGGUCACAUAGUUUUGCCAUCUUUCUACUAUUUAAACCAAACUGAAUUUGCAGAAUUGAAAAGCUAACACAAAGCUUU